AUGGCCCCCGCUGAACCUCCAAUGCAGAAGCCAGCCGGUCUUGACAAAGGCCUCCACUUGUUCUGGGGCUCCGGUUCUCCUUUUGCGCGAAGGGCCCAGAUGGCCGUAUUGGAAAAAGGUCUGCCUUGCAAUUACAUCAAAAUGGAGUUCUCAAGAGGAGAUACACGCACCCCUUGGUUUAAAGAACUUACUGUUCGCCAUCAGGUUCCUACGUUGAUUCAUGAUGGCGUUGUCGUCAAUGAAUCUGUAGCCAUCCUCGAAUACCUUGAACGGCAUGGUGGUGGCAACCCACUGUUGCCUGCAGACCGAAAGUUACAAGCCAGAGCCCUCAGUCUCCUUCAUGAAGUUGACUCAAACUUGGGCAAGGCCAAUGGCGAGCUCAACGCUCGAACCCUCUUUGCUAAAGAGUCUGAAAAGUUUACAAAGGAGCAAGUCGAAGAAUCGGCAAAAAAGGUCUAUGAUGAGCUAGACGUCUGGGAAGGUCAUUUGACUACCAACGCCAAGUCUUACAAGGGUGGUUGGUUUGUGGGUGACAAAGUCUCUGUUGUGGACAUAUCUCUGUAUCCCUACAUCUCAAACUAUACUGAACGUUUGGGUUUAAAAUUGGUGCCCAGAUGGAGCCGACUUGACAAAUGGAACUCGCAGAUGAGCGAGAAGCCAAGUGCUCAAGCUUCAAAACCACCUCACUGGGCAGACAGCCCACCACCAAAAUCCCCGUUCAAAUGGUUUGAUAUGGCAUAA